CCAACAGCACCCACACUGAUCAACCCCACAGGAAAACUUUCCCCCUCAGAUACCCGCUCCACCGCGCCUUGAAACCAAGCUCGCAAUCCAACAUCAUGGCUUCCUGGCAAAGAAUGACCGUAGACGACAUCCCCGAGCUCCUGCGGAUCGGGGACGCAGUACACCCCAGCCUACCUGACAGCGACUACGUCUUCACAGAACGCAUACAACUCUUCCCGGAGGGCUGUCUCAUACUCUCUGACAGGGACAACAACAACAACAACAAGAUAUACGGCUACGCCAUCUCCCAUCCCAUCCGCCACGGCCAGCCCCCCGCUCUCGACAGCCUGCUGCACAAGAUCCCCGAAGACGCGGAUCAGUACUACAUCCACGACGUCGCAAUCUUGCCCGAGCUCCGAGGGCGCGGGCACGCAACUGGAGGGAUUCGCAUGCUUCUUGAGGAGGUUGCCAGCCGCUUCCCGACUACUUGUCUUGUGUCGGUCUAUGGCACGGGGCCGUUCUGGCGGCGGUUUGGUUUCGAGGCUGUUGAAGCGGUUGAUGAGGCUCUGAAAGAGAAGCUCCGCAAUUACGGCGGUGGCGCUGUCUAUAUGUCCCGCAAAAAUUCUGCUGCUUCAUAGGUGUAAAAACUGAGCCAGUGAUGAGAGCGGAUUAGUGGUGUAUGGCGUGACAGACGGCCUGACGGUUUAGGAUAAUCAUGGGGAGAAAGAAGAGAAAGUCAAGGGUUUGGGGGCUGUCCACAAUUCCCGAAGAAGGACAGCAGUCGGCAAUAGCAACGAGUACUAGCCACCCAAGGCUCAUAAGGCAGAGCUGAGUUUCAGGUGGUGUGUUGGUUCUUGCAUCCCGAGCUCCAGAGCCUGAGUGUGGUCGCAGACGGCAAGGCCUGGAUGAGAAUACUAUGAAGAUCCUUCGGGAAACCCACUGGUAGAUGUUCAAUCUCAACCGGGGGAUGAAAGCCAGCUGCUACUGUUCCACGACAUAAGGUAGGCACGCGUGACGCAC